CUUGAAAGAUUACAUUCACGAUAUAUUGUGUCGGCCAUCUUACAUUUUAAAGAUCUCUUUAUAUACGACAAAUAUAAAGGAAUAUACUAAAUUAUUUUUAACCGUGAAAUUUACCAUGUCAAUGUACUCAUAUAUAAGUGUUCUUUUGUAAGUCUUUGUGUCAGUGUUCUUUGUUUGGAACAACGGCCAGAAUGUUAGAAUCUAAAGCCUUAUCAGUCGUCGCUGCCACGUUUUUCAUUUUAACCUUGCUGUCGGACAGGGAAGUUAACGCGGCUCCAGAGCCAUGCAAGGAAAUAGUGGAAUUUAUAUUUAAUACAGACCGGAUAAGGAAAACCAAACACACCGAGAAAGAGAGCGGAGAAGUAGACGAAAAGGAACAGAGAAGAAAAGAAAAGAUCAAACAACUGAAAAAGAUAGAUGAAGUUCUAGAAAAGCUGGUUAUUUUAGGAUCAGAUAAAGAGGCUUCUGAACAACCUAAAAAAGAACCCAAAGGAGUCAUGGAAGAAUUCAUGUCUGGUUAUUUUAACUUCAUAAAAUAUUUAAUGAGCAUGUAAUAUAUAUUAAGUAAUAAAUAUUAUAAAAAAUGCA